UCUUCCUGCUCCUUCCUGUUAGUUAGUUCCUGCCGUUGCCGCUGCUGUCGUUCUAUCGCACGUUAGCACGAUGACCGGUUCAAACGGUAAAAAGAGCCCUUCCUCCGGUGUGAUGGACUGGAUCGGUUCAGCUUGUCGGUUUGCAUCAGACAGAAACGACUUCAGAAGGAAUCUUCUGGUCAACUUGGGUUUGUUUGCAGCCGGUGUUUGGGUCGCAAGGAAUCUCUCAGAUUUUGACCUGAUGUCUCCUCAGCCUGUGACAUAACGAUCAAAAAUACAGCACCACCAGAACCAGGAUGAUGGUGUCUUGGACCAACAAAGAGGAACAUGAAUAAACAAUCAUGAAACUUU